AGCUCCCCAGAAGAAAAUGCCUCUAAGAAACAGCUCCUUGGUGACUAAGUUUAUCCUUGUGGGAUUAUCACAACAAAAAGAACUCCAGCUCCCCCUGUUCCUCUUGUUCUUAGGGAUAUAUGUCUUGACUGUGGUAGGCAACCUGGGCUUGAUCACCUUAAUUGGGCUGAAUACUAGCCUUCACACUCCAAUGUACUUUUUCCUCUUCAACUUGUCUUUUAUAGAUCUCUGUUAUUCUUGUGUGUUUACCCCCAAAAUGCUAAAUGAUUUUGUGUCAGAAAAUAUAAUUUCUUAUGUGGGAUGCAUGACACAACUAUUUUUCUUUUGUUUCUUUGUCAAUUCUGAGUGCUAUGUAUUGGUAUCGAUGGCCUAUGAUCGCUAUGUGGCCAUCUGCAACCCUCUGCUGUACAUGGUCACCAUGUCCCCUCAGGUCUGUUCUCUGCUGAUGGUUGGUUCAUAUGUCAUAGGGUUUGCUGGGGCCAUGGCCCAUGCUGGAGGCAUGCUGAGACUGACCUUCUGUGAUUCCAACAUCAUUGACCAUUAUCUGUGUGAAGUCCUCCCUCUCCUGCAGCUCUCCUGCACCAGCACCCACGUCAAUGAGCUGGUGUUUUUUAUUGCUGUUGGAGUGGUCAUCACCAUAUCCAGUAUCAGCAUCUUCAUCUCUUAUACUUUGAUUCUCUCUAAUAUCUUCCGUAUUCCCUCUGCUGAGGGCAGGUCUAAAGCCUUUGGCACAUGUGGCUCCCACAUAGUUGCUGUGGUUCUGUUUUUUGGAUCAGGGGCAUUUACUUAUUUAACAAAUUCUUUUUCUGGAUCUAUGGACCAGGGUAAAUUUGCUUCAGUCUUCUACACCAAUGUGAUUCCCAUGCUUAACCCUCUGAUCUACAGCUUGAGGAAUAGGGAUGUUAAACUUGCUCUGGGUAAAACCCUGAAGAGAGUGCUCUUCUGAUG